UGGGGUGGGUCCCAUCUGUGUGUUGAUACGGAAGGGCGUUGGGGCCGGGCAGUCUCUGGAUGGAAAAGGCAAACAGGAGGCUGAGCCAAAGGGGAGAGGAGAGAAAGAGGUGGAACAGCUCAUGCUUGUUAUAUUAGUACUCAAGAAGCUGAGGCAGGGGGAUUGCUGUGAGUUAGGUGUCAACCUGGACUAAAUGGAAAAUCCCUGACAAGGAAGGGAGGGAGAGGGGGAAGGAAUGCUCCAGGGAGCUGGAGAAGCCUUCUUUCUCACAUACAGCACCCUCCAAUGGAAGGCCCCACUCAGAUGGAGGAAGGGGCAAACAUGAACUCACUUUUUUUUUAAACCUUGUGGCCCCAGAGGUGUUGAAGCAGCUGUAGAAACUGAGGCUGGCCAAGUGAUGAACUUCCUGACCACUGAGAACCAAGGGGAGUCUAGGCUCCGCCUACUGCUGCUCUUCAGUCAGCCUCCUGUGGCCUCAGCCUGCUCCCAGUUCCCUCCACAGCCCUUGGCCUUCUCACGCUCACCCGAGCUCCUCUCCCGUCUUACCGUCCACGAGUGCAUGAAGUCACCCUGCGGUGACAGCACAGGGUGACUGAGCGACUGCUGGAGGCCUGGAGAGGCGCCACCUUGAUCUGCCCUGGAGAGUCUCUCCCCCAGGAUCCUGACCCCAGAGCGGUGAGAGGCUGAACCCAAACUUCCACUAAGAUAAAGAUACGUGGCACAGCCAUGGCCAACGCCCAGGUUCCUUUCUCCUUUCCAAUGGCCCACUUCCUGGUCUUUGUCUUCGUGACUUCCACCAUCAUCCACCUUCAGCAGAGAAUAGUGAAGCUUCAGCCCCUCUUGGAGAGACACACAGGAGCACCGGCCAUCACACAGAAGCAGGGGAGUGGCCAGCUGCAGGGCAUGUUCACCAUCAAUUCCAUUGGCCGCCUGGGGAACCAGAUGGGCGAGUAUGCCACGCUGUUCGCACUGGCCAGGAUGAACGGAAGGCCCGCUUUCAUCCCCGCAUCCAUGCACAGCGCCCUGGCGCCCAUCUUCAGGAUCAGCCUCCCGGUGCUGCACAGCGACACCGCCAGCAAGAUCCCGUGGCAGAACUAUCACCUCAACGACUGGAUGGAGGAGCGGUACCGCCACAUCCCGGGACGCUAUGUGCGCCUCACGGGGUACCCGUGCUCCUGGACCUUCUACCACCACCUGCGCCCUGAGAUCCUGCAGGAGUUCACCCUGCACGACCACGUGCGUGAGGAGGCCCAGGCCUUCCUGCGUGGCCUGCGGGUGAACGGGCGGCAGCCGAGUACGUUUGUGGGCGUCCAUGUGCGCCGGGGGGACUAUGUGCAUGUCAUGCCCAAUGUGUGGAAGGGCGUGGUGGCUGACCGGGGCUACUUGGAACAGGCGCUGGACAGGUUCCGGGCGCGCUAUCCCUCUCCAGUCUUUGUGGUCACAAGCAAUGGGAUGGCCUGGUGCAAGGAGAACAUCAAUGCCUCCCGAGGGGAUGUGGUGUUCGCUGGCAAUGGCAUCGAGGGUUCACCAGCCAAGGACUUCGCACUCCUCACUCAGUGCAACCACACCAUCAUGACUAUUGGAACCUUCGGGAUUUGGGCUGCCUACCUGGCAGGUGGUGACACCAUCUACCUAGCCAACUAUACCCUUCCGGAUUCUCCCUUCCUCAAAAUCUUUAAGCCAGAGGCAGCCUUCCUACCUGAGUGGGUGGGCAUCCCCGCAGACCUGUCCCCACUCCUCAAGCACUAACAGAAGCCUGUCCGUGGGCCCCUUUCCAUCUCUAGAUGGGCGGAGCUACGAGUUACCCUCACAGGAAGAGCCUUGGGCUGCUCUAACAUGUUCGGCAAACGUACUGGCAUGUUAGGCGUUACCAGCUCCAGCAGUAAGUAGACAGUUCAGUGACCACAGUGCCCACUAACCACAGCGCCAUCGCCAUGUUUUAGCACAGCUGUCUCGUGGUGCCAGAAGGGCUGCCACCUGUGAACAGUCAUGCAAGAGAAGGCUCGCUACCUCUCCUGAGGUUGCUUUUCAAGGGGGAGAGAAGCCCACAUUUGUCCACUUUUUGUCACUAAUGAAAUACCUGAAGUUGGCUUAUUAUAAAAGUCCAGCGAGUACCUCGUGGGGAUGGCAUUUCCACAGUGCGGUAGCAUGUGACAGCCAACAGUAUGGAAAGCAUGAACAAGGAGAGGGGCUGGGCUUGCUCUUUUUAUAGCAACUGCCUUUCAAGAACCGUCUGGAGUCUCCUGAGAACCUUGCAUCCCUUGAAGGUAGUGCCUUCAUUGUCCCAAGAACUUCUUGAGAUCUGCUAGAAUUUUAUUUUUAUCUUAA